GCACUGAUGUGAGAGCAAUUAGCCUGCCUAUCAAUUUCACUCCAUUUAACUAUGGUCUAAAGAGGAAAACAUGAAUCUCCGUGGCUUUUUUCAAGAUUUCAACCCUAGAUGUGUCUGGCUAGUCCCACUGCAAAUGUGUUUUCUUCCAGUAAGUUCCUGAUCUAUGCAUGCCUGCUACUGUUCUCUGUGCUGCUGUCAUUGAGGUUGGAUGGCUUCAUCCAGUGGAGUUACUGGGCGGUGUUUGCGCCCAUCUGGCUCUGGAAACUCAUGGUCAUCAUCGGGGCUUCCGUGGGCACCGGGGUUUGGGCUCGCAACCCACAAUACAGGGCUGAAGGUGAGACCUGUGUGGAGUUCAAGGCCAUGCUGAUCGCUGUGGGAAUCCACCUCCUCCUGCUCACCUUUGAGGUGCUGGUGUGUGACCGUGUGGAAAGAGGUUCACACUUCUGGCUUCUGGUCUUCAUGCCCCUCUUUUUCGUCUCGCCCGUCUCCGUGGCGGCAUGCGUGUGGGGAUUCAGACAUGACCGCUCGCUGGAGCUGGAGAUUCUGUGCUCAGUAAAUAUUCUUCAGUUCAUCUUCAUUGCAUUACGACUGGAUAAGAUCAUCAGCUGGCCGUGGUUGGUGGUGUGUGUGCCGCUGUGGAUACUUAUGUCCUUCUUGUGUCUGGUGGUGCUGUAUUACAUCGUCUGGUCUGUGCUCUUCCUGCGCUCCAUGGAUGUUAUUGCCGAGCAACGGCGUACUCAUAUCACCAUGGCGAUCAGCUGGAUGACUAUAGUUGUGCCCCUGCUUACCUUUGAGAUUCUCCUUGUGCACAAGCUGGAUGGCCAUUAUAAUUCCAACUAUGUCCCUGUGUUUGUGCCUCUCUGGGUGUCUCUGGUGACUCUAAUGGUGACCACGUUUGGCCAGAAAGGAGGCAAUCACUGGUGGUUUGGCAUCCGCAAAGACUUCUGUCAGUUCCUCCUUGAACUCUUCCCCUUCCUGAGGGAGUAUGGCAACAUAUCCUAUGACCUGCAUCAUGAGGAUUCAGAGGUGUCUGAAGAGAUGCCCAUCUACGAGGCACCUAAAAUUGCUCCCAUGUUUCGGAAGAAAACAGGUGUGGUGAUCACCCAAAGUCCUGGCAAAUACUUUGUGCCACCACCCAAACUGUGCAUCGACAUGCCAGACUAAUAUUCAGCACUUCUCGUUUGACUGUUCAUGAACAGUGAGAAGAUAUAGCACUAUGCAAUGGGGUCUAUGUCAGGACAUACCAUUAAAGAAGAAACGUACAAUCCAGCAACAAAGACUUUUCUUCUGAGAUCCUUCUGUGGUGAAGAUUCAUGAGAAAAGUCUUUCUUGUGGUUGAGUUAAGCUCAAAUCUAGAGUGUAGUUAUUGACUCUCCCUAGUCAUUUUGUAUGUGCAUACCAUAGCCUUGUGUUUGAUGGCAUAGAUGGGACCUGUUGCCUUCUGGAGUGGAUUGAUUCAACUUUCCUCAAGAACUCUCCACGAGACUGUCUAAUCUGUAAUUAAGGAAAGGGUUUUUUUUUCUACCUGGUGUGGAGAGUGGAGAUGAAUUUUCUUUUUUCAACAGUGCUGGAAAAAAAAAAAAACUUAAAUCAGCCUAAGCUGGUUUGCUGGUUUGUGUUGGUCUCCCAGCCUGGUCAAGCUGGUCUUGAUGCCUGGCAAGCUAAAAGAUACCCACAACCACUCUUGGACCAGCUAAGCUGAUGCUGGUUUUAGCUUUUUUUUUUUUUUUUUUAGCAGGGAAAUCCAUAUAUGGUACAGACUGUCCGCUAUUCACCUGUCAGUCCUAACUAUUCAGCUUUGUUGAUGUUUGGUCUGAUGUUAGUGCAAUAUUUUUCUCUGUGCAAGCCUUUCUAUAUGUGUCGUUCCCUUAUUUGCACUGUGAUUGCAGCCUUUAGGGGGAGCAAAGUUUAAAGAUGAAUCUGAAAUUGUUCCCUGUUUAUUUGAGAGUAGGGGUUCAUCUGGUCAUAUGUGAUAGGAGCCAUCAAAGGACCAAAAGAUCACAGUCUUAAAGGGAUAGUUCACCCAAAAAUGAAAAUUCUCUCAUUAUUUACUCACUCUCAUGAUAUCCCAGGUGUGUAUGACUUUCUUUCUUCACCAGAACACAUCUGAAGAAAAAUAGAAAAAUAGCUCAGCUCAGUAGGUCCUUAAAAUGCAAGUGAAGCAGCAAGUGCAAGUGAACCGGAAGCAUGAUUUAGAUUUUAAGAGUACUUAAAUGUUGAAAAGCGAUCGUGUUGCUUUAGAUGACAUUAAUUUAACCACUUGAGUCGUAUGGAUGAUGUUUAUGCUGACUAUCUGUGAUUUUUGGAGCUUCAAAAGUCUGAUCACCAUUCACUUGCAUUUUAAGGACCUACUGAGCUGAAAUAUUUUUCUGGUUUUUCUUCAAAUGUGUUCUGCUGAAGAAAGAAAGUCAUACACACCUGGGAUAUCAUGAGGGUGAGGAAAUGAUGAGAGAAUUUUCAUUUUUGGGUGAACUAUCCUUUUAAGACUGUGAUCUUUUGGUCUUUUUUGUGCAGUUUUUGGGGUCUCAUUAAAAUGCGUUUAGGUCAUAUUUCCCCCUAAAAUUGAAAGACUAUAUAUAUAUAAAUAUAUAUAUAUAUAUAUAUAUAUAUAUAUAUAUAUAUAUAUAUAUAUAUAUAUAUAUAUAUAUAUAUAAUUAAAGAAAUGUUAUUUUGCAUAAUGAAAAUAAAGACUAUUAAGAUAUAUAUUUUUCCACUGUGACAUUAUUUUCAUUACAGUUUAGCACAAUUUCCACCAAAUUCCCAUCACUGUAAUGUGUCUGAACAUUUAUUUUUGAAUUUAUUUGUAAUUUUCUUAAUUUAGAUUCUCUAAAUGUGUCUGGACAUUUUUUUAUUUUUUUUUUAUUUCAUUUAAUCUUUAUAGUGAUUCUCAUUACCGUAAUGUAUCUAGACAUUUUACUUUUGAUUUCUUUUGUGGUUUCCAUUAUUCUUAAUUGUGCUUCUCAUUACUGUUAUGUGUCAUUUUACUUUUGAGUAUUUUUGUCAAGUCCAUUAUUCACAAUGGAGAUCCAAUUAGAUUCUUAUUCCUGUAAUGCAGUAAUAUUUAUUUACUGUAUUACAGUGAAAACACUGUAAUACAAUGAUUUUUAUUUCAAUCAGCAUUUUAAUAUUUAAUAUUUAAUAAUAGGCUAAUUGAAGGAAGUAUAACAAAUGCUACCAUGAUGUAUAAAUGUUACAAUUUUCACAUUACAGAAGAAUUCGAUUUUUCAUUUUGGUCUGAAAAAUUACCUGGACAUGUUCUUGACUGGUUUUGUGAGAUUAAACCUGUUGCUCAACCCAGUUUAGAACUUUCAAAAGUCUGGAAGACUGGACUCGAAAGUCUUCAACUGAAAGAGUACAAUACAAUCAUUUCAUACAGUUUGAUCAAAUGCACCCCAUAUUCUCUUUUUGAGAAUAUAACCACUACCUACAGACCCUGUUAUUACUGUAUAUUCCCUGUAAUCUCAGUAAGGCAAAACCAUUAAUUAAGUUGGCCUGAAACUGCUGUACAGCACUGAUUUGUUCCAUCUAAUUUGGUCCCAUUUAGUGUGAAAUAACAGAAAAAAAAAAUAAUAAAAAUAAAUAAAAACUUUUAAGUCCCUUUUUAUAGAUAUGUGUCAUUGUUAAUUUAAGUGUUAACCAGUUGCAGUAUGUUCCCCAUUCUCCAUCCAGAGCAUAAAGGAUUUGUUUUAAAAUGUAUGUUUAUUGUCAUGCCAGAAAAUAUUAGCAUUGUUUAAUGGCUGCUUUCUAGUAGAAAAUGUGCUAGUUGCUUUCUCAGCUGGUCUGAGUGAACAGCCAUAGAAAUGUACUUUUUUUGGAUGUGGACCAAUAUCGCAGUUUUAUAUGUUCCCCAAUGUACACAUUACCACUCUUGAUGUUCAUGGUGUCCUUUCCUUUGUAAAGGCAAACAUACCGUAGCUUUCAACAGUGCCUCACAUUAAAAUGUUAUUGUUUACCA